UACUGUAACCAUGGCGGAGGAGGAGGUUAACUACGCUUCGGUUGUAUUCAAAAGUAAAAAUCAUCCUCCAACCCAAGCUAGAAAGGAGGAGGAAACUGUGGAUGAUGAAGUGAAGGGGCAGAGUAAAAAAACUGAAGAAACUGCUGACACAAACGCAGGAGUUUUGCUCGACAAGAAAUCAAACAACGGACGUCUCCAGUAUCAGCGGCUGGCCUGUUGUUUGGGGAUUUUUUGUGUCAUUCUGCUGUUGGGCAUCAUAGCAGUCAUCGUCCUCUACUACCCCAAUGAAAACUUGAGGAGGGACAACAACAAUCUGACAGUCCAGUUGGGCAACCUGACACAAAACUAUACUGUCUUAGAAAGCAAGAUCACAAACCUGACUGCAGAGGUCCAGAACCUGAGAGCAGUAAACCAGCAGCUGGAGAAACAGAGGAAGAACUUAACAGAAGAAAUACAAAACAUGGAGACAAACUGGAAUAAACUCAUCGUCAGUCGAGCUCAGUGGAGCAUUGAUGCCUACUGCCCCAAAACAAAAGACGUGAGAGUGUGUAAAGCUUGUCUGGAGGGCUGGUUACCCAAAGAGUCCAAGGCAACCAACUGUUAUGCGUAUAAUGACGCUAAACCUCCUCAUCAGAAAACCUGGGAAGAAGCUCGAGAAGACUGCAGAGGAAAGGGUUCAGAUUUGGCUGUUGUACAUAGUCAAGAGGAAAAGACUUCACUCAAUACAUACAGCGUGGGUAGUUCAGGAACUAAUGGAUACUGGUUUGGCCUGAGAGCUGAAGGUGGGAGAUGGAAGUGGAUUGAUGGAAGUAAUCUGACUGUAAGCUACUGGACACCACAACCUCCUCCUCCUACUGAUGGUCAGUGUGUAAUGUCUGUCCAGAACAAUAAAUGGAUAUCAGUGAGCUGUGCUGAGAAAAAACAAUGGAUCUGCAAAAUGAAGGCUUUAUCUGUUUAAACACUGCAGUCAGACUCUGCAUGAUAAUAUCAACUGGCUUAUACAUAUCAAACUGUAAAGUCUUCUACUUCACAAUUUAAAUGUUGUUUUUUUUAAUAAAAAGAAUCAGGCGUUUCAUUUUUAUAGAAAAAGAGAAAGGAAAUAUUUACAGUGAAUUAUUUUUCAAAGCUGUUUGUGUGUCUCAGGAUAAAAACAGACACUUAGAUUUGAAUGCAUUUAGAUAUUUGAUUAUAUAGGUAUGCUAAUGUAAGUCUGUGAAACAUACAGUGACUAGACUGAAGGGACACUGUUAUCAUUGAUACCUGUUGAAUGGGCUUUUGUUCUGCUUUGUUAGAGAUGUGAUGCUUAUAAUUAGUAUAUCAGCAGAUUGAUGACAGGGACAGACAGACUGCUCAGUUUCCUGUCUCCUAUGUAUCAUGGAACAUAUAUUGUUGCUACUCAUUGGCCAAAAUGGGGGCACUGCAUCACUUGUUCUCAACAGAAUGU